GACCACGGCAGAGGAAGCAGCGUUUGCCGGAGGAGGAGGAUGGUGCCAGAGAGAAGUAGAGCAGGAUGUUGCCUAAGAGGCAGUAUAUCCUCAGGAGACCAAGCCCCUGCCUCCCACACCAAGCAUUAGGCGGCCGGGACCACCCCCAGCUGCAAGCCAGCCCAGCCUUCCAGGGAGAGAGCAGGCCCACAAACCUCCUUCAUCAUGAACUGGCACAUGAUCAUCUCUGCGCUUGUGGUAGUGUUGAUUAAAGUUGUUGGAAUGACCCUAUUUCUGCUGUACUUCCCACAGAUUUUUGGCCAAAGCAGUGAUGCCUUCAUCCCCGCAAGUGGCUCUGGAGUGGACACUGUGCCUGAUGUUCCAGAAAUAUUUGGGAGCAGGAAUGACAGCAUCAGUCCCACAAGGAGCUAUGGAAGAGUCUGCCCCAAAGACUGGGAUCUUCAUCAAGGAAGAUGUUUUUUCUUGUCCACCUCUGAGUUGUCUUGGAACAAAAGCAGAGAUGAUUGUCAAACAAGAGGAUCCACUUUGGCAAUCGUCAACACACCAGAAAAACUGGAGUAUCUCCAGGACCUAGCUGGAGCUGAGAAGUAUUUAAUUGGCUUAAUGUACCAGCCUGCACAGAAAAGGUGGCGCUGGAUCGACAACUCUGUGUUCAAUGGCAACGUUACCAAUCAGCAUCAGAAUUUCAACUGUGUGACCAUAGGCCUAUCAAAGACAUUUGACGCUGCAUCCUGUGACGUCACUUACCGCUGGAUCUGCGAGAAGAACCCCGUAUGAUCAAAGCACUCUGCACGAACAAAUACACAUAGGGAGACAGCAAAAGAGAAUGUUUACAGCUGGGACUGUUCCAGGAAAUACAACCACCCACUUACUGUGCCAGUCGACCAUAGAAUACUAGCAUGGCUACCUUAGGAAUCUUCAGGGCUAACACGCAACCACUCUUCCAUGAGUAUACUUACAUAUGCACAGCCAAGCCACACUCCCCAUUCUGAGCCAGCAAUUCCCCAGGACCACACUGCCUGAGAGAGUGGCCCUGCUUGUAUCCACACUGGUGGUCUACUCAAUGAUUCUUUUAUCUAUCCACCUACCAGGGGAGGUCCUUGCCUGCUUAGGAAAAUUAGCUCCUAUAGUCUGCUUUGGGCGACUGGAUGUUAACUGGUGACCCAGUUAACUAUUGAUGUUAACUAUUGACCCAGGUGACAGGGUCAAUAGAAUGGAUACAGCUUAAUCGAUAUGGAAAUGAAGUCACUCUCUAUAAAACUGAGCGUUCCUGACUGAUCAGCAAGGUGUAGGCUGCUGACAGUUCAUUUCAUCCUCAGAGCACAUGACCAGACUAUCAGGGAGAACUGCACACUAAGCAGGUAGGAACACUAUUUAGACAGCAGCCUGGGCAGAAAGCGGAUCAAUCCAGUUUCUGCAAACUCAGCUCUGUUCCUAUCUCCUCCACCCCCAUGCCCAAGUUGGGAAAGCAGAGCUGUCCUCAGUCUGAACUGAGAUUAGACCUCGGGGAGGGCCCAAAGAUUUGACCUCAUAGCAGAGCGAACAUUAUUUAUGGGAAUGGGGAGGUAGCUGGGCAGAAUAAGAAUCUGCUCAGAAACCCCUUUGAAGAAAUCAAAAUGGCUGAGGGGACCAAGUAAAUCAGAUCUCCUUUCUUCAACCGACUUCUGCUAAAAUUUUCUUGCUGUGGUAUGAAGUUACAUUAUAACCUGUAUAACUCGUUUAUACACAAAAUUUGGAUAAGUAGAUUUUGCUCUGCAGGAUUUGAUUACCUGACGAUCAUUUUUGUGAAUAUUUUAAGUUGUCACAGUCUCUUGGGUCCUGUUGGCCACACCACAUUCUCCAUUUGAUUCUCCAGUGGCUCUGCUAUCCAGGUGCAGCCUACCGAUGGUUGGCAUCACACUGAUCCAGGACUGCUCCAGCUGACCCCAGAGUAGAGAAAAAAAAGGAAGCACGGAGUGGAGAAAACAUUGAGUGAGGCAGGGUAGGCAUAUGGUAGGAAGAGAAUACUAGGGACACGUGGAAACCACACGAGAAACGAAGCGGGGAGCUCAUGUGGCCACACUGGAAGAAAGAGAAGAAAGUCCCUGAGCGUGCUGGCUGUUCUCCACACUCACAAGGAGAUAUCACCUAUCUAGUCUCAUCAUUACAGGAAAAAGGGAGAAGUAAUGGCUUGCGUUUCAAGCAAUAAGACUCAAACCAUAAAGAAAGAUUCUAUAAAACAAAAGAGCAUUAUAGUCACCUAAGUAAACUGCUUACCAUUUUCAUUGGAAAACAAUAAUGAGUGGAUAUGUUGUUAUGUGUAUGACAAAAUAAAUUGUCACAGAUUUUGUUUUUGUAUUAAACACUAAGGUCUGGUCCUAUAUUCUUGGGGUUCAUAAAUUUUGGUCCAUUAUCAUGACCACUUACAAUUUUAAAAAUGAGAUAAGAUGUUAUGUGUUAGAACUCAUUUGAAUAAGGUUACCAAAAAUAAUCCAU